AACCCCUCCUUCAUACUAUUGACAGAACCCAUCAUUCACAAAAACUAACUAACUAAAAGUAAAACUAACUGUACAUGGCUUGUAGAUAACAUACAACUCAAGAAAGAUAGAAAAAUCGUUUUGAUUCUGAGAAACUAAACAACAACAAUAAUAUAUAUAUAUAUAUAUAUAGUACAUAUGGCUUGCGAAGUCUCGCAGGAUGAUCAAAUUGGAGAAGCACUCUUAAUCCGGGUGGUAAGAAAUGAGGUGAUGAAUGUGGCAGCCGAAGGAAAUGAAGACCCACCAGAACUUCCCGAAGUUCGACCAUUAAGCAACACUCAUGACCAGAAGCUUGUUCAACAGUUGGCGGAGACCAUUAAAGUGAUCGGUGAUCGACUCGAUCAAGAUCAAGCAUUUAAUGACAUGAUUGAUGGAUUAGUAAAAGUAGCUGAUAAAAGAAGUUUCUGGAAACUUGUGGAACAGGUUUUCAUAGAUGACCAGAUCAACUGGGGGAGAAUUAUAGUGCUGUUCUAUUCAGUUGGAAAGCUGUCCGCAAAGAUGACCCUCGCACGCUUGCCCGGAGUUGUUUCAGGUAUUCUGACCUUAAGUCUGGAUUACUUUAGGAGGAAUCUGUUGGAAUGGAUUCGAAAAGUGGGAGGAUGGAUGUACAGUAUCCCUGCACUGGCCAGUUUCUCCUUUGAGCAAUUUUCUGGUUCUUCACUGAGAAAAUAUUUUCCCUAUUUUGGAGCCGCGUUUUCCUUCACCUGUGGCCUACUGUUAGGUGGCUUCAUCUUCUCGAGACUUCAAAAAAGCUAAGAGAGAGAGUGGCGAUACAGCAACAGAAGUAAUAAAUCUGUAAACCUGAGAGAAACCAAAUCACGUAAACUGAUCUGCAGCAUGAUUUUGUAAUUUGCCACUUUUUAUUGUAUUAUGCCUUCAUUGUAUGCAUUUAUACUAUUUUGUAAGAACAGGACAAAUUGUACAGUGACAAGAACUGAGCCUAAGCUUUUUAUUAAUAAUUGUUAAAUAUGACAUAGAAUAUUGGUCUUCUAUUGUGUGUUUUGUCCACUCUCUUGUAAAAUGUAAGUAUUGUGUAUGGAAUGUGACUAAAGUUCCCAAUUUCAAAAAAAAUUCACAUCUCUUAUUGGAUAAAAACAUUAUCUGCCUCAUUUGAGCACAUGUUUUUGUGGAUAAAAAUAGAUGACUGAACCCUCGUUUGACAGCAAUAUGCAGCACAGCAACUGUUUUUGUGCUAAAUUUUUUAUUAUGUUUUUGUUCUUCAAUAAAGUUCUUGCAUAAAUUA